CCCAACUCUUCCGCAGCCAGAGAUCUAAUUCGAAAAUGGCUUUACCUUCUCCCCAACCAGUAGAUCAUAAUCCUCUCGAUCAAUUAGUUAAAAACAGCUUCUCCGUCCGUAGCGAUUCUCUCUUCGCCACGGGUACUAUAUCCGUAUUAUGGGACGUCCAUGAAUGCCCCAUCCCUGCUAGUUUAAAAGUUCGUGAUGUUUUCAAUAAUAUCAAAAAGGUCCUUAGGAAUAAUGGUUUUUUUGGUCCUGUGGAUAUUAAACCUUAUGUCAAUUUGUUGAAUAUGGAUUUGGUGGAAGUCUUUGAAACGAUUCCUGUCAGUCUCCUCCCAGGAGAUAGAGGUAUCAGACUUGAUUACUAUCUGAUGCACUUCUUUAUUCUUGCUAUCGACAAUGGUGGUUUUCGUCCAUUUACUUUGGUACUAAUCCUCGGAGACAUCUCGGGGCUUGAUGAAUUAUUCAGGGUGAUUAAUAUAUUGCAAUCUAGAUUAAGGUUCAAAGUGCUCAUCGCACAGCCUCCAAGGGGAUCGGUUCUGUCUUUAACUGAGAUCGGGCUUUGCAAUGGUCUAUUAGCUGGACAAGACCUUCUCAUCCAGAAUUCUGUGGUGAAGCUCUAGUUUGGCUCCGUUCUUGCUCUAGUUUGCAUUGCUUUUUUGCAAGAGUCUGUCUUUUUAUUUUCUUAUCAUUGAUGUUUGACGAGUUAGCUUUAAUGUAUAUUGAUUUACCCAAACCGGACCAAAUCAUAUAUAUUUGUUUUGUUAAAA